AUGUUUCAUCGUUUUAUGCUUGCUUUGAUGUGUGCUAUUUCCCUAGAGUUGUUUGUUGUCUCUUGUAUUAAAAAUGUUGCAUCUGUUGCGAGGCCAGAUAUUAUUAGUCGAUGUGAGCCAGCAAACUAUCCAAAUAGUCGAACACCUAUUGGAAUUUCGUUCUGCAACCAAUCAAAUCAACAAAUUCUCUAUGAAGGAUUCCGCAGCUUCCCUAGUGGCCACUCAGCAACAGUAUUUGCUUCGAUGACUGUUCAAUCAUUGUAUAGUAUCACUGUUCUUCAACUGUAUGACCAUAAGGGAUUUGCUUGGAAGUUUAUUUUCUGUAUUUUAUAUCCAUUAACGGUUGCUCUAGUUAUAUCUUUUUCAAGGGUUUCCGAUAACAGACACAGAGUAUCAGAUGUUCUUGCAGGUUCCGUUAUAGGGAUUAUUUCCGGAAUUUCGGCUUUUACCUUUUACUUUCCAUGGCAUCAGAGCCUUGAGUUGAAAGAAGGUAGAAUGCAGCAUCAAAAAAGAAUUAAACGGCAUAACAUUGAUAGAAAAAUGCAACAUCCACUUCUGCCAGUAUCCUAUCAUCAGCCUAUCAAAGCUUUCAAUAGCAUCAACAGCAUUCCAAAGAUUAGUAAUUCUAAAGCCAGAAGAACACAAAGCUACUGA